UGGAAUGGGUCAGUUGGCUGGGAGCUAGGUGAACAGCCUGUCCUGUGGUACAGAGCAUCACGUAUGCCGUCUCUUUGGAGUCUGACAGACUGCUGGCAAGUGCGCAGGUGCUCGUCACAGGUGCGAGCGCCGUCGGCUCUUUAACGAAAGCCCCGUGCUGCCGACGGGCUUGAAGAAGCGGGGUGAAAGAGAAGGAGAAAGGUGGAGGAAGAGCACGAGGACGGGGAGGAGACAUUCGUCGUGGGUGUAGCGCCGGUCUUCGUCGUCGUCGUGAUCGCAUGAGAGGUGAACACGCGUAGAACACGAGCGGACGAAGAUGCCGGUGAUAGCGGAGAACGAGGUAUCCUCCAUACGGAGCGUAAAUAUCGACAAACCGUACUGGGAUCAGAGCUCUUACCGCGGUAGGGCUCUGCAUUUUCUCACCGUGACGAAUCCGCUCAAUAUCUUCGCCCCAAAGAAGGAACUUGAGCGCGCGCGCGAGGUCGUCAAGAUGUACAGAGAGAACGAGAGCGAGGACCUGGGAAAGCUCGGAAUCACCGUGGACGAUUUAUGGCGAUACAAAUAUCUUUAUGACAGCGCCUUCCAUCCCGACACCGGCGAGAAGAUGCUGUUAAUAGGCCGUAUGAGCGCUCAAGUGCCCAUGAACAUGCUAAUAACCGGCUGCAUGAUGACGUUUUAUAAGUCCACGCCGGCCGUGAUAUUCUGGCAAUGGAUCAAUCAGUCGUUCAACGCUAUAGUGAACUACACGAACCGCAGCGGCUCCAACCCGAUCUCGUCGGAGACCUUAACCCGGAGUUACGUAGGCGCCACCGGAGGUGCCGUCAUCACGGCGCUGAGCCUGAAUCGUCUGGCCCAACAUGGGCCCCCAUUGGCAGGCCGUUUGGUGCCGUUGGCGGCGGUCGCGGCAGCUAAUUGCGUGAACAUUCCCCUCAUGAGGAUCACUGAACUACAGGAUGGUAUUGAAUUACAGAACGCAGAAGGAUCGAAGGUUGGCCAGAGCAAGCGAGCGGCAAAACAAGCGAUUACGUCCGUCACGUUAUCGCGAAUACUAAUGGCUUCUCCGAGCAUGAUAUUAGCGCCGAUAAUAAUGAAUUACUUGGACCGGAAGCGGAUGCUGCGUAACAUGAAAUGGGCCGCUGGGCCGAUUCAGGUCCUCAUCUGUGGGGUUUGUCUCACCUUCGCGACGCCGCUCUGCUGCGCUCUUUUCGCGCAACGCGUCGCUAUCCCGGUGUAUCAACUGGAGCCAGAGGUGCGCAACAAUAUACAGUCGUCCCAUCCAAAACUGGACACAGUAUACUACAACAAGGGCCUUUGAAGAGUGACUUGGGAUCCUCACGUGCGUCUUCACGACUUCUAUCUCUAUAUUAGGUUCAAGAGCACGGCCUACUCUCUCGAAACUCAGGUACAGACGAAGCAUUCCCGCGAGCGUGGCAUUCGGGCAACGAAUGCGCGUUCCGCAAUAGAUAAAGGAGAAGAAUCAAUAAAGUCAAUUUUUGGGCCAUGAAUGUUGUACUUUCUUGAUGAAAUAUUUGAGAUUGAGAGCUUUCCGAAACGCCCUAUAAACUUUUUACGUUGGGGAAAACUAGAGUUACGCGCCUUCAAAGUUUAGGGCCACAGAAUAGACAAUAGUAAUAUUUGCUUCUUUAUAAGAACUAAAUAAACUAUUUUUAUUUUAUUUAUAUGUGUGUUUGUACAACUAUUUGUGCGUGCGUGUCUCUAUGAGAACUAUCAUAGCAUAGCAGAGUUUUAUAAAACUUCUUUUGUUAAUAACUUUUUAACAAACAAUGAGCGACGACUAAAAUCUUUUGAAUAUUACUUUUGAAUGUAAUGACUUUGACAAUAUAUAUGAUUAUCGUCCUCGGAAGGUGGUUCGUUUUUGUCAAUAUUUACCUUUUUUUAUAUGCAGAAUAUAUUAUAUUUUACAUAUAGUUUUAUAGUAGAAUAUUGUUUUUAUAUAUUUAAUGCAAUAAAAAUAGUUUAUUUAAUUCUUAUAGAGAAGUAAAUAUUGCUAUCGCUUAUUCUGUGGUCCUCAUUAUCAAAAUUUUGAAGGCGCGUAACUUUAGUUUUCUCCAACGUAAAAAAGUUUUUAUAAGGCGUUUUGGAAAGCUCUCAACCUUAACUAUACGAAUAUUUCAUCAAGAAAGUGCGACAUUCAUGGCCCAAAAAUUGGCCUUAUUGGCUCUCCUCCUUUCUGCGCGAAUUCCACUCAAUUCAACAUUGAGUGACUUAAACUUCCGUAAACAAUCUACACUCCUAGCUGUCGUGCUACGGAAACCUACCGAAUCACCGAUGCACCCGACAUCGGCUGCGAUUCUCUUAACUGCGAACGCACGUACAGCUACAUAUCUUCUCUUCCAUUUCGACUUUCAUGUUAUGUAAUUUCGUAAGGUUCAGAAGAUUCAGGGUUAACAAAGACAAUAAACUAUUGUAUGUUCCGA